AUGGUUGCAUACAACGGAUUUGACUCUGAUACCGAUGUUCCUAACCUCGCAGGGAAAGUCAUUCUUGUCACUGGAGGAACAUCUGGUCUGGGUAGAUCGGCCAUCACUACACUCGCAGCUCACAACCCUUCGCACAUCUACUUCACUGGUCGGUCCUCCAGUGCCGCAGAGUCUCUCAUCAAAGACAUCUCUCCUGUCCCUGCAACGUUCCUCGAAUGUGAUCUCACUUCCAUCGCAAACAUCCAAGCUGCAGCAAAGAGGUUUAAACAUGAUCGUCUAGACAUAUUUAUUGCGAAUGCAGGAGUCAUGGCUGUCGACGGUCUCACCCAAGAUGGACUUGAGUUGCAAUUCGGUAUCAACCACGUCGGUAAUGCAACGCUCUUCAUGGCUCUUCUACCCAUCAUACUUAAGACUGCUGAAGAGCCAAACAGCGAUGUGCGCUUUGUCAGUCUCACUUCUCUCGGGUACAGAGGUCAUCCCAAGAAUGGUAUUGACUUUGACACACUGCAUUCGAAGCAGGAGGAUAUGGCCUUCGGAACGUGGGGUCGCUACGGACAGAGCAAAUUUGCGAAUAUCGUCUUUGCAAACGAGAUUCAAAGACGAUAUCCCAAGAUUACAAGUGCGGUUGUUCACCCUGGUGUUAUCGCUACGGGACUGGUCACCGAGUUGAGCUUUUGGAAGAGGAUGCUUGUGUACGUGACCAACCCGCGAAUGAUGACGGUCGAGCAAGGCGGAUUGAACACUGUCUGGGCGGCAACAUCUAAUGAUAUGAAGAAAGAUGAAAAGGUGGCAUUUUAUGAACCUGUUGGCAAGGGUAAUGCGGGUGAUGAGCUGUGCUUUAGUGAAGAAAUGGGCAAGAAGUUAUGGGAGUGGACGGAGGAGAAGAUCAAGAGCGUGUAG